AUGUCUGACCCAGUUUGGUUUCAUGAUGCCGUAUGGCAGGAACGCCAGAUCAGUUUUCCAGACACCCCAGAGACCUGGAAGCCCAUCCAAAAACUUCAGGAGCUGUCCUGGAGUCGAACAAGAGAGGAGGCAGACGAAUGGGGAAGACCCCCUUUUGCAACCGCCGAGUUCCUGUGUCGGAGCCUGGAGAGCCCUAGCGAAGCCUAUUUGAAAAUCUACAUGCAAGUCCCCUACCAGGGGACCGAGACCCUCCCCGGUAGGCUUCGUGCCCUACAGGCGAACCUGUCGGACCUUCCACCGCUUCCGAGUGACACCGUCGAAGCUUGGAGACGCCUCACCACCAAUCAUGUCGACGUCACCGGGCAUCUGAUUGCAGAGAAGCGGGAGGCCCAAGGCGAAGAGGAUCAUGUUCCCGGCGGGUGGGCCGCGUAUAUCCUGGUGUCGAAGGUCCCAGGAAUCCCCCUGGGAGACCAGCAGUCCUACCUUCAACACGGGAUGUUCAAGUGGAAGGGAUAUUUCUGGACGUUGAGUCGCGAGACCCAGGGACCUCAUUCGUCUGCAGUUCGAAGCAGCACACAGGUCUCUAUUGCCGAGAGGGGCUUGAGCUGUCUUUACUGGGACGAGGACGCCAAGAAACUGUACGUCCACUCGGAUUUUCAGCUGCGGAGUAACCCAUCCACCAACAUCGAGGGUCUCUUCCACACUAUCUUUUACAGCGACUUUGGGCUCGCAAUGAUGCCUUACAACCUUGGUUCCUUGAAAGAUGGGCCGAUCUCAGUCGAAGAAUUGGAAGAAAUGGGUUGGGUCUUUUAA